UAUAUACAUAGUAUUUUAAUGGUAAUGGGGAAACCUGGAUAACAAGAAUUGAAUAUUCUGCACCUUAAAAGUCUUUUGAAUUCCAGAGAUGUCAGCCAAAAGCCUUAUGAAGACAUUCCUUUUGCUGUUUAUCAGUUUGAUCGUUACGAUAAGUACAUCGCCUAUGAUCUACAGAUGUUUAGUGAUAAUGGACAAUUACGACAACCAACAAUGUACAGUGUACGACAGAGUGCCGAAAUUAAAAGUGUCCUCACUCGGAACAUGUGAUCAUGACGAUGUCAAAGAAUGGGCCUUCAGACUACUACUAGCAGCCUCUAUGUUUCUUGCUUUCAUUAUGCUUUUUCUUAUUAUCAUGAGUGGUUUCAUGGUCUUUUCAACCCCAAGCACACCAUCAUAUCCAAUCACAAUCUUAUUUGUCUGUGUGUUUGUUGUCAUGGCAUCAUUGACAAUAUCAACAGCUUUCUACUAUAACAACCUCUAUCAAACCAGAUACAAGGAUACCCCUGUGAAUUUCAACACUUUGAAGUCAGACAUGUUUUCUUCCCUUGUCUCAAAUUUCGUUAGCGAUGACAUCAGCAGUGUUAAUGCAACGUCAAACGAAUGGAACAUGUUCUUUAUCGACUACAAAUGUUGUGCCGUGAAUCCAGUAAUAGGAACUACAAAUGAUUUUGAUACAAGCCCAUGGUGUACAAUGUCAGGGGAAUGUCAGCAGACUAAUUCUCAGAUCCCUAAAGCAUGUUGUACUGGUGCAACGAGGGACAACUACCAGUCAGCCCCGAAUUCUUGUCACAGUACCGUCACCAGUGGAUUUAAUACACAGGGUUGUUUUGAUGCUAUAAAAGAGAAGAUGGCGGAGGAGGGAAGUCAGAGAGACGUGGAUAUAGAUCAUGUUCUUAGUGAAGGGAUCCGUGUUGUACUGAUAAUGACUGUAUGUACCAUUUUAUCUGUCUUCGAAAUCUUUGUUAAUCAUUGUAGUCAUCGAGAAAAACAGAGAGUUAACUCACUCUUCUGAGCAGAUCUAACUGACAACAAAAGAUGCGUGCUGUAAUCCUCGUCAAUUUGUUCUUCAUGUGUUUCUCCUUCUAUAAUCCAGAGAUUGCUAUUCUAUGAUAUAUAUUAUUUUAAGACAUUUAGUUAUAUUCAGGACACCUGAUUAUAUAAUAUUAUUCCUUUCCCAUAAGAUCACUUUUCAUGUUGAAAUACAAUUAAAUUAAAAAAGAAAACACAAAGCUGAUGUCCUGUAAUUUUCAGUGUUAGUUUGAGUUCUUUAUAACUUUAUUAACUCACCAGUACAAGUAAAUGCAGAUAUACAUGUACAAGUAGGUUAACAGGAGAAUGUAAUAACAGUGUACAAUAUCAUCUAUACAAUUAAAUUCUGAAUUUGACAAACCUUUUCUAAUUUUUAAGCCAAAGUAGAUAAA